AUGGGACAUAAACAACAGCGCGCUCCUCACGGAAGAUAUAUAUCUCAUAGAAUUUACAUUUAUGUAGUGGCCGUAUCCCUGGCAUUUCUGAUAUUCACUUAUUCGCCUUAUUUCAAUCGAAUAUCGUCAUCAAAAACCAAUCCAAAUUUUGAUGAUGAUGGUAAUAUAGUAGUUCCUACAAUUCCAGAUAAAGUAAACACUAAUGGAACUGUAAAUUCAAGUGGACAUUAUAGCAUAUUAUUUGUUAUUUCUACAAAAAUAAGUCAUACACGACAUAGAAGGGCAUUGAGAGAAUAUUUGUUUGGAAUUCGUAAUAACCUACAACCUUGCAUGCGUCAAGAUGGUGAUGUUUAUUAUAAAUUUCUUGUAGAACCUUACGAUGUUGUUCCGAAAUUUUUUUUACGCGAUUUCAGAGCUGAAUCUGUUGAAUAUGAUGAUAUUGUGGAAUUUCCAAACCAUAAAAAUGAAAGGUGGCAAGACAUUGUUUUAGAUUGGACUCAAAGUCUUGCCAAAGAAGAUAUCACGUUUGAUCAUUUAGCAAUAAUAAAAGACACUACAAUUAUAGAUUUACAGAAACUUAAAUUGGCUUUAGAAUCUUCAGUGAUUAACGGACAAUACUUGACUAAUGUGCAAAAAACAAAUCUGGUAUGGGGUCCAUUUGAAUCUUUAUUGUUGGACGAUCUAGCUAUUAUACUCGGCAGCAAUGCUAUCCCACUCAUUAUUGAAUCAAAACCUGUCGUUAGAACUGCCGGUAAAAGAAAGGAUGAGUUAGUAGCCCGGACUUACCACUAUUAUCGCAAAUAUCCUGCUAACACUGAUUUAUUCUUUGUUAAUGAUAUUGUGGGAUUAAUGGAAUUCCCCAAUUCUGUUGAAAAUAUCCCUGUUGACACAACAAUUGCUGUUGGUGGUGUUUACCUUGAGGAUGACUUGAAGGAUGUCGCAACACACCUUUCCAUCAAAACCACCUUAAUCUGUCAUCCCAACCAUAAUCAUCCAAGAAUUGCAGUAGUCACAAGUAGUUUUGUUUACGAUAAUUUGUGUAUGCUUCCUGUUGCAAAACCAACAGCUGACAACAAAAGGUCUUAUGCUCAACUACAUGACUACUCAUUUGUUGGUAGAUCAUAUGAAUUCGCUCAACAAAUCUACAAAAAUCGUAAAACCGUAUGGGGUAAAUUUGAUGCAAUAGAAAAAGUUUUACCUUACUAUGAUUGGAUAUUUUGGCUCGAUAUGGAUACAAUCAUUACAAAUAAAUCAGUUAGCGUCGAAAGUCUUUUGGAAAAAUUUGUAAAUAUGGUUGGUGGCGAAGAAAAUUUUAGCAAAAUAAAUUUGGUUGUUGCAAGACCUGUCCAUGAUAAAAUGAUAAAUGCAGGUGUUUUCCUGUUAAGGAAUUCAGAAUGGAGUAGAUCAUUUAUAAGAAAAUGUCAAUAUCGUACUGAUCUCUAUAAAGGAAAUAUGUAUGAGCAACGCGCAAUGUGGGAUCUUAUGAGAGAUCGUGAAUGGGAAUCGGGUGUAUUAUUGUUGGAUCAAGAUGACCGUACUUUUAAUACUUUCCCUUCACGGUUUAUUAAAGGAGAUUUUGUUGUACAUUAUGCGCCAGAUGGUUGUCCAUCAAAACCUAUGUUGGAUGCUAUGGGUAAAGUAAAAUUGAUGGAGGAAAAUCCUGACGCUGAAAUAUCACUGUCUCACGGACCAGAUCAUUAA